GAACGCGUUAGGCAAACCAAGUGAGUGUUUCGUAGUUUUUGCGCAAUUACACUUUUACACCCUGCAGAAAAGUAUAUUGUGUUCGAACGGUUUGUGGUUUGAUCCCGUAAUAAAUCAUGAGUGCGUGUAGUUAUAAAACUAGAAAUCAAAUGUAAAUAAAUGUAUACAUUUAUUUAUAUAUGGACUUAUCAACUUUGUUUUUGGUUGUUGAGAAAGCCAAUACCUAUAUACAUAUGUGUAUGAUAUUGUGGCCAUGCCACAUUAAGUGGCAUGUUACUUUUACGGGUGCUAUGUUUAUUAUAUGACAGAAAUCGCGUUGGGAACUUUUCAUACUACCAGAUAUACAUACAUACAUAGAUAUGUAUGUAUAUAUUUUCAAACUAAAUAAUUAUUGCAAUAUUAUAAAUAAAAUUAUGAAUUAAACUUGUCUUAAUAUGGAGUAAAUAUUUUUUAUCCGAAUGAUAGUUUGUUGCUCUUCAUAAGUGAAUAUCUUCCAUAAUCAAAUGAAAAACAGCGACGGAUGUCAAUAUACUUCAAUUAUGUAAUGUAUGGUGAAUUGGUUCGUAAAAAUUGGCAGAGCUUGCGUGACCAAUACCGUAGAGACGUGAAGAAACAAAUGGUAGAUGGGAUUGAACCAUCAUGGGUGUUUUUCGAUGACAUGGUUUUUAUUCGAAAAUUUUUGCGUACUCGGAAAUUCAAAGCAUGUCCAGAUUCAGAAGAAAACGAAAUUGUGAGAAGGCGUAGCCACGCAAGAUAUAUUAAAACAAGAUCAUAUUCGCAGGUCAUUCCUACAACAGACACGUUUAUGACCCAGAUUUUUCAUACAGCAAACGAUCAUUCAACUGCAGCUGUCAAUGAACAACAAGAGCAGCAAGAAAGUACUGUUUCACCUCCAUUAGUAAACUCGGCAAUCCGUCUUCAUAGGCCAAUUAAAAUGGAAGUGGAUAAUGAAUCUGUUGAAACAAUAAUAUACAAUGCUUCUAUGGAGCCACCGAAUGAAACUGUAAAUGGACCCUUAGUACAAAGAGAACAAAUUCCAAAAAAUCCGACCAAUAAUUUAAAAUAUGCGAAGACCGGAUCCAGAGUGCGUAGGAAAAGGCGUGCAGUGAGGAAAACCCAGAGAGCUCAAUUUUCCACACGAUGUAGAAGCAGAUCCAAUAUAAAUGAAAUAUGCACUGCGCCUCUUACCUCUAAAAUAUCUAAUAUAGGAAAAAAUGUGAGCUGUAUAAGUGACGUUCUCAUAGAACUAACAGAUUCACAGUUGGGAAAUGGAGCAGAAUCCACACCUGGAAAACAAUCACAACAAACCUCGCCUCUUAGUAAUGUUAACAAAUCUCCGACAAACAUUGAAAUACCGUCAAUUGAAAUUAAAGACGAAGUCGAAAUAUUAGAAGAUGAAAACAGCAAAGUUGCCGACACGGCUGCCACUUCGGAGAACUCCACAAAUAUAAUGGAACCAGAGUGUUCCAUAAAUAAUAAAAGUCCAACAGAAUUUACUAACGAUACAAGUAAAACUAAAGAAAUCGGAAAGGAACCCACUGAUAAAGAAGAUGACGAUUAUCAUUUCGUGAUUAGUCUCUUGCCAACAUUGCGGCGCAUUACUCAUGAUCGAAAACUAAAAACGCGGAUGGAAAUAAUGAAAGCUGUAAUGGCGGCGGCACAAAGCGAUAACAUAUGAAUAAGAUCUUUGAUAUACUUACUAUUAUUAUACUUUAAACAGGGUAUAUUAAGUUUGCCAUGAAGUUUGUAAUGCACAAAAGGACAUGUCUGAGACCCUAUAAAGUUAUAGUUUAGGAACCGCCGUUACGGGGCUACUAAAGCAUUUGCCUGCCAUUCAAACUGACCGAUUAAAAUCAAGAUAAAAAUUUAUAUAAAAGAUCUUUUAUUAAAUAACCUUCAUUCGACUUGAAGCUUGUUUAUAUCAAAAAACUUGGUUAGAAAAAACCAGCAAAAUGUUUUCCAGUAGGUGAAAACCGUUGGCCGUUUGCGUUUUGUGAUUUAAUUAUGCAUAAAGUUGCUAUACAAAAUGCACCUCAAAUAAAAAUAUUAGACUAAGCGUUAUGACAAUUAAACUUGUUUUUGAAAAGUUCUAAGUUAGUUGAUAAAAUUGUACUUAAGAGAAGCAGUACAAUGGAACAUAAGUACUAUUUGAACCUCGUUUAACUAUAGCUGCAAAUUUUAUUUAAGAUUUCUCUUGCAUUAAUUGUACUUUUAAAAUUAAGUUAUAACCGCUAGUCAAAUAUAUUCAUACGUACACACAUAUAUAUAUAAAGGCUACUGAUCAAAGGCAAUUGCGUAGCAGUUAGCCAUGGUUGAUGUAUUAUUUAUUAUUACCAUAUCUUGUUAUGUUACAAAGAAAUAUUAAAUUCACUAACUUCUGGGGACGGGCUUUUUUGGUAGUUUAAAUACAAUACAUUGAACUUGUUUAAAGAAAAAAAAAAUAUAUUUAAUUUUGUUAAGAAAUGUUUGAAAUUGAAUAAUUCAUCUAAGUAGAUCUCCCAACAUAUUGUUCUUUGAAAAAUAAAGUUUUGUACUCUCGCAACAUGUUGCUAAGC